AUGGCUCAAGCCAACGACUCUCAGUCCUCGAUCGGGGUUGCGAAUUUUCGAGACCUACACGUACAAACAAAUCGAUCGGUCCUAAUUCCUCCUAUCGGUCGUUUGCCUCCUGAAAUCCUGAUUGCCAUCUUCUCGAAGCUCGUCUCACCGGUGGAUAUGCUGAACUGCAUGCUUGUCAGCCGCAACUGGGCCGCAAACUGCGUGGGCAUCUUAUGGCACCGACCAUCCUGCAACAACUGGGACAACCUGAAAAGUGUGGCCUCAUCAGUUGGCAAGCCGGACGGUCUAUUUGCCUAUGGGGAACUCAUCAGACGCCUCAACUUAUCCGCCCUUACAGAAGACGUGAGCGACGGGACGGUUUCCCCCUUCAGUCAGUGUAAAAGGGUCGAGCGACUGACGCUCACAAACUGCUCAAGACUCACCGAUAAGGGCGUAUCUGACUUGGUAGAAGGGAAUAGACAUUUGCAAGCACUAGAUGUUUCCGAUCUGCGCUCUCUUACCGAUCACACCCUCUACACGGUUUCAAAAAACUGCCCCCGCUUACAGGGCCUCAACAUCACUGGAUGCGUCAAAGUCACCGACGAAUCAUUGCUUGCCGUGUCGCGGAACUGUCACCAGAUUAAGAGACUGAAACUCAACGGUAUCGCCUCUGUUACCGACAAAUCGAUCCUCUCGUUUGCGGAGAACUGCCCCGCCAUCCUCGAAAUUGACUUGCAUGACUGCAAGCUGGUCACCAGUCCCUCGAUCACCGCCCUCAUCACCACCCUCCGCCACCUGCGAGAACUACGCCUGGCGCAUUGCAUCGAGAUCAAUGAUUCCGCGUUCUUGAAUCUUCCAGAGCAAAUGACGUUUGACAGCCUUCGCAUCCUCGAUUUAACAGCAUGCGAAAAUGUCAAAGAUGAUGCCGUGGAGCGGAUUGUUAGUUCUGCUCCGCGUCUUCGAAAUCUAGUGCUGGCCAAAUGUCGAUUUAUCACAGAUCGGUCGGUACAGGCUAUCUGCAAACUGGGAAAGAACCUCCACUACGUGCAUCUCGGUCACUGUUCGAAUAUUACCGACUCUGCGGUCAUCCAGUUAAUCCGGGCCUGUAAUCGAAUUCGGUAUAUCGAUCUGGCCUGCUGCAACCGCCUGACGGAUGAGAGUGUCAAACAAUUGGCCGGUCUGCCCAAGCUACGGCGGAUCGGCCUGGUCAAGUGCCAGUCAAUCACAAAUGAAAGUAUCAAAGCAUUUGCAUACCCCCCCCGCGGGACUCCAAAUCACCCCAUGGUUAGUAACCUGGAGCGUGUUCAUCUCAGUUAUUGCACUCUUUUGAGCAUGGAUGUAAGUACAAUACCGUGCCAUGUUUUUAUAACGCGGGUUAACAUGGAAUUUCAGUCUAUCCGUCCAUUAAUCAAUAACUGUCCUCGACUCACGCAUCUGAGUCUUACGGGCGUUCCUGAAUUUCUGCACGAUGAUCUGACUGCAUUCUGUCGGGAAGCACCUCCUGAGUUCACCCAGCAACAACGAGAGGUGUUUUGUGUCUUCAGCGGCGAGGGUGUCACUCGACUUCGCGACUACUUGAACCGAGACAUCACGAUAAUACCAGAAGAGACAGAGGCAACCAUGUAUGAUGAUGACGAGGAGCUCGAUGAAGACGAAGGGCAGAUGAAUGGAAUGAUGCAUGCCACGGGCAUCAACGACGAAGAUUACAUCGACGUCGGGCCUGCUCACGACUGA